AUGCGGAGAUUCGCCAUAGCAAGUCUUCUUUUGGCGGCAUACUGCCAAUAUGCCUCCGCUGGUGGAUACGGCGGUGGAGGUGGAGGUGGAGGUGGCGGUGGCGGUAGCGGCGGCGGCGGCGGCGGAACUUAUGGUGGCAACAUGGGAGGAGGAUACAAUGGCGGAGGCGGUGGCGGAGGCAGCGGCGGAGGCGGAGGC